AUCUCCAUGGAAGGCGAAAAGACGGACGCGAACGUGGAGAAAUCUGACGAGCAAAUUUGCAGAGAUUUCCAGCGAGGUGUCUGCAGUCGCGGGGAUAAAUGCAAGUUCGCUCAUCCCUCGGGAAUGGGCAGCGAGCCUAAAGAUCAGCCAAUGAUAUGCCGCGAUUUCCAAAACGGCACGUGCAACCGGAGCACGUGCAAGUACCUUCACGUGACCAACCAAGAGGAGAAAGAUUUUAUGCGUACCGGGCAACUUCCGCCGGGACAUCCUCGCGGCGUACGUGGGCGGGAUUCCAACGUUCCGAUCUGUAAAGAUUUCCUCAACCACAAGUGCAACCGUGGAUCUGGGUGUAAGUUCCGUCACAUUCCGGAGGAUAUGUACGGCGGUGGGGGAAGCUACUACGAUGAACCACCGCGGAAACGUCCCAGAGAUGCGAUGGAUAAUGACUACCGUUACCUCAUGGAAGAAAAUAGGGAGCUUUAGCAACGAAAAGUAUCCGAGCUGCAGAAAGAUGUUUCGGAUCUUCGAGCCACCAAUGAUAUCUUGUUGGAGCAGAAUGCCCGCUACAUGAGGUCCGGGGGAGGUGCGGCUCCCUCAUAUGGAGGCGGCUACGGCACCGAUUCUUGUACUGAGGGUUAA